CUCUCUCGCUCUGCCUUUGUGUAUAAGCUAAGCUAAAGCGAAAAACCGAGCAAACCCUAUACCAACACAACACCAACGCCAAAAGGCAAAACCUCCUCCUCCGUUCGCCGUCUCUUCUCAUUAUAAAAGCCUGCCACCGCCUCCUCCACCAGACCUCCCUCCCUCCCUCGCUUGCUCCAUGCUGAUCGGCCAUCGUCGUCUACCAUGAGCAACAUACCCAGAUCUCUCACCGACUCCUCCUUCACUCUCUUCCAGUUGGCCAUCUCCUCCUCCGACCCUUGGCCCUUCUCUCUCCUCUCCCUCUUAUUGUAGUCCUUCAUCCAUCCCCGACUCGCUCCCCGUCUCUCUCUCUCUCUCGCUCUCUGGUUUCUUUCUUUCUUUGUCUCUCGUUCGGCGGCCGGCGAUGGGAAGCGGAGACAAGCUGUUCCACCUGCACUUCCCUCACCACCACCCCCACCAGCCGCGGCACGAGCACGACGUGCCGAAGGGGUGCUUGGCGGUGAUGGUGGGGCAUGGCGAGGAGGAGAGGAGGAGGUUCGUGAUACCGGUGAUGUACGUGAACCACCCGCGUUUCGUGGAGCUCCUCAAGGAGGCCGAGGAGGAGUUCGGCUUCGACCAGAAGGGACCCAUCACCAUCCCCUGCCACGUGGAGGAGUUCCGCUCCGUCCAGCAAUCCAUCGACCGGGAGAGCUCCCUCCACCACCACCACCACCCCCUCUCUCACGGCGGCGGGCACGGCCAUGGCCACGGCCUCCACCACGCGUGGUGCUUCAGGGUUUGAUCACACGGAUUCGAUCUUUAUUCUUAUUAUUAUCAUAUGCUAGGACUUCCUUUCGUUUAUUAGAUUGUUCUGGGUCUGUUCGCGUCGGUCGAUGAUGAUGCGUGAAUAACUUCUGCAACUGUGAAGAAUCACUUCCUUUCUUCUUCUUCUUUUU